AAAAUACACACACAUACAAACACAAAAUCAUAUAAAAAAGGCGAGUUGAUUGGAAAAACGAAUCGAUAAUUAUACAUGUCAUACUUAAUAUUUACGCCAACAGAACAACAUUAUGAGCUCUUACUCAACAAAAUCCUCCAAAAAGGAGUCUCAUCUACAAAAAUUUGCACGACUUGAAGGUCUUCAGGUGUCAUCAAAAUCUGAAAAUUCAAUACAAUCUACGGAAUCGGAUAACCACGCUGACUGUGAAGACUAUGAAGAAGAUGCCCAAGAUGAUCCCUCAGUUGAUUCAAAACUAAUGCAAUUGUGUUGGCAACGGGCUGAUGAUUUGGUUAGCAAGUUUCUGUCUUCCCGCAACGAGGAGAAUUCGAGAAGUAGCAAAAGUAAAUCGGCACCAAGAGUUUCCAGCGGCUCAUCCAAGAACUCACAUUCUACAGAUGCCUCGAAGACCUACAGUGAAAUCUAUAGCGAAAUCUACGAAGAAUCGAGAGCACGUCAAGAGAAGGCCGAGAGCGUCUGUAAGUUUUACAACUUGCAUAAAGAAGAUCGAACUGAACGUUGGGUCAAGCAAUUGGGUCAACCAGAUCGAAAUGAUGACGAAUUGUCUUCAGGUACAACUUCUUAUAGUUCAAGUCAUUUGACAGUUAACAAAUCCGAAUUGGAUUUCGAAGAAGAUAUUGAGCAAGAUGUUUUUAAAAAGAAUAAAACGGCAACCAUCUCGAAAUCGGAUUUAACAGAAGAAGAAGAAGUGGAAGUAAUAUCGAAUUUUAAAAUUGCAUCAGAAGAGGAGUUAGAAGUUGUAUCCCCAAAACAAGAGACAGCAUCCAAAGUUCCCAAUUCAGAAUCGGAUAUUGAACUAGAAUCUUUAAUAGAAGAGGAAAUGGAGGAUGCAUCCAAAAAUGAAGAGACUACAGCCGACUUGGAGUCGGAUUUUGAAGAAGAGAUCGAUGAGAAUGCUUUGACAGAAAAUGAAAUGGAUAUUAUUUGGAAAUAUGAACAAGCAGCAUCCGAUUCUGGUUCGGAUUUCGAAAAAGAGCUCGAUAGGGGAGCUUUAAUAGACGAAGAAGUGGAAAUUAUAGCUCAAUAUAAAAGUAUGCGGUCGACAAAUGAGAGUAAAAAGUCCCGUUUCGAAACAGAUUUUGAAAAACUUGAAGAAGCUGUGAUAGAAGAAGAACUGGAAAUUAUGUCUCAAUAUAAAGAUAAUCCGAUUUCCAGUAAAAGUUCUCAUUGUCAAGAAAUGAAUCAAAGUUCUAAGUUCAGUUCAAGUGAAUCAUCUAAUAGAACUUCGAACUAUGCCAAGUCUAACCAGACUAACAACUAUUGUUCGGACUCUAUUUCCAAUUGGAAGACUACCAAAACCUAUCAAGAUCGUGCUAAUAGUCCUAUCAGUUUUCGAAAAGAAACUAAAAAUAAGUGUGAUCAGACUUCUCUUGGAAAAUCAACUGGAAAUGUUGGUAUACAAUAUCCCAGCGAUAAUGAAUUAUAUAAUCAAACAAAAAUAACGAACAAUCCAUUGGGUUUAAGAAUUCAUAAUGCCGAUGAAGCUCUAAUUGGUGUAACUCCUAAUUAUUUCAAUGAGUCCAUGAUAAUCCUGGAUGAUGAUGCCGAUUUCCUGAACCUAAGUCUAACCGAUGAUGAGAGUCAAAUACAUUGCAAAUUAAUGGCAGCCGCUUUAAGCAAUAAGAAAAGUUCCACUAGUAUAACGGGCAAAUCUAUAGAUUCGAAUGAAUCAAUCUCGACAGCCUCUAUUGUGGCCAGCUAUACACCAAGCGUAUAUUUCCAUCGUCGAUCCGACUCGGAUUUGGCUGAAGAAAAAGAAAAGGGAAGCCCUACACCUGAAAAGGAUUAUGUGGCCUAUUUGGCCGAAGCAUCUUUAAGGGCUUGUUCAAAAGGGAGCUACAGCGACGAGGUCAGAAUAAGGCCACGACUAAAACGUGAGGCAACUAAAAAGGCCGAAGAGUUAUACACUUCAGAGAUGCAAUUACCCGCCGAUCGUCAGAGUUUGGUCAAGGACUUUAAUAUGAAGCUAGAACGUCAGUUGAAAAUUCUCAAUGAGAGUUUUCAAUGAGAACCACCAUACUACAUAAUAUGUAAAUAUAUUUUCUAUGCGACAUUUCUCGCAAACAAUAA